CUCCUACGACAAAUGUAUUAGUUAGUGUAUUUUUAAAACGAAAAAUUGAGGAAAAACCAGUAUUAAGUUUAACAGAAAUUGAAGCACAAUAUGAGAAUUAUGUUUCACUUAUUUCUGAUGAAGAUUUUCAGAAUAUAAAUUGA